AUGAAUCCGAUGUGUAGCAGAUGUAAUAAAGUGGUUUACCCCGUGGAAAAACUAAAUUGUCUGGACAAGUAUUGGCACAAGAAAUGCUUCACCUGCGAGGUUUGCCUAAUGACUCUAAACAUGAAGACCUACAAAGGCUACAACAAGAGACCAUACUGCAGCGCACACUACCCCAGCACAUCAUUCACUGUGGUGGCUGAUACUCCAGAGAAUCUCCGUCUCAAAGCGCAGUCGGAGAAUCAGAGCCAGGUUCUCUACAAACAGGACUUUGAGAAGAGUAAAGGAAAAGGCUACAGCGUAGUCACAGAUACACCAGAGAUGGAAAGACUCAAGAAAACACAGCAACAAAUCAGCGAUGUCAAUUACCACGACGGUGAAAAGAGAAGACUUGUGUCAGUAGGAGAGCACCCAGGCCAAGAGCAAGUGUCAUCACGCAGCUACGAGCGCGCCCCGGAGCGCGGCCCCGAGCGGGCCCCUGAGCGUGUCUCGGAGCCUCCUGCACCAGUCCGUGCCCCGGAGCCCGCUGCACCUGUUGGGAAACGAUACCGGGCGAUGUACGACUACACCGCUGCUGACGAUGACGAGGUUUCUUUCUUGGAAGGAGACGUGAUCGUGGGAGCGCAGAUCAUCGACGAGGGCUGGAUGCAGGGCUGUGUGGAGCGCACCGGCCAAGUGGGCAUGCUCCCUUCCAACUACGUGGAGGCGUUCUGA